AUGUCGGGUAUAGUAAGGCGAUUGCGGCGAACAAAUAAGAAAGCAGCUAAAUAUCGCUUUACUGCUGCUUUACAAGAACUUCGUUUAGCCGUUGAUGAUGAAUCGCACGCGCCUGAAACCGUCCUGGUUUCUUUUAUGCACAGGCGGAGGAAAAUUACUUCUCGUGAACGACAAUGGGAGGCAUCAUUAAGCAAACCUGAACAAAGCGUAAUUAUAUGGCCAGAGCAAGCCCCCGAACACGUUGAUAUAUUAACAACACUCUAUAAAUCUGCUUCUGAGGAUGCUUUCGAUGACAAAGAAUGGACUAUUGUGGUGGAAGAAAUAAACAAAAAAGGGAAACGUCGGCCUAUUGCUGCUGUUUCCUUAAAUAUUCGUCUUUUCGUGAUGGAAUCUCCUGAUCAAAGAACUCAGUUGAAACUUAAGUUACGCCCCUUGUGUGUUCAUCUCACGUAUUGCUCAUUGGAAAUCGUCUUGAGCAGUAAUUUGGUUAAAGAAGGAUUCAGAGAUGAUAUCAGUCGGGCUUCUUCCGUAUCCCAGACGGAAAGGAAUUCAAGAGAAAUUAGUGUCAGCGAUGGUUGCAAUGAGCAAAAAGAUACAGCUUUACUAUCAGCUGGACAACAGAUAGCAGCUGUUACCGAAAGUAUUAAGCACUGGAGUGAUAAUACUGUUGAUGUUUUGCCACCUGUGGAAGAACAUAUAACUCAUCCAUCAGAAAUAAGCAAGGAAAGACCACCUUGGCGUAUUCCUAAUGGAGCUGCUAAAGAAGUGACAGUUCAAGAACCUGCUAAGGUAUCCACUCAAGUUGUUUUUAAAGUCAAUGAAAAAAGUCAACCAGUUUUUGUUCCUGAAAAAGAGAAGACAGCACUCGUCCCAGAGCCUUUAGCUCCACCAAGAAAUCGGUCUCACUCUCCUCGAGCUCCUUCACGUGAACGAAAGUUGGAGAAGGUUGAAGGAGAGUCAUUACAAGCUUGGGCUAAGCGUAUAGCAGCAGGGUAUUAUAAUGUUAAGCUCAAUGAUUCCGCAAAAUGCUGGCAGAAUGGUCUAGCGUUAUGUGCUAUUAUUCAUGCUUAUCGCCCUGAUCUCAUAGACUAUGAUAGGUUGGACUUCUCUGACUCUUUGCCGUGUAGAAAAAAUAAUGUUAAAAAGGCAUUAGCUGCUGCUCAACUGAUCGGUCUGAAUGACAUUCCCGACGAAAGCUACAUACUUACCCCAGAUAAAAAAAUUAUAAAUGCUUUGCUUGAUAGAAUGAGAAGGACAUUUGAAGGAAUCGGCGAACUGUCUGCGCCUACUACAGCAGUGUCUGAUCAUAGAAUAUCUCAACUGUUCCCUGUUUCUGAAUCAGAGAUGAAAGUGAUAGAUGAAAUUCGCAGGAUGAAGGAGAGAAGAGAAGCUAACGAAGAUGAAAUGGUUGAUAAAGUGAUGAACCAGAAGGAAGCAGAAGAUUCCCAAAGUGCUGACGAAAACGCUGAAACGGAUGGUAAACUCGAGCAAGAUUUGCCCACUUUCAGUUUGUCUACUCCUCGUCUAUCUAGCAUUCGCACUUCGGGUCGUUCAAUCAGUCCAUCAAAGCAGGAACAGCUAAGGUUAAAAGCCAAACAGAUGCUUGAAAACCCUAUGCAAAGCGUCACAGAAACAACGAAUCCGGAUAAUGAUAAGAGGCGAGAAGAAGCGAGGCGUUUGAUUCAGACUGCAGUGAGCACCCCGGUAACAGCUAGCAGUAAGUUUCGAGCUUCAACUCUUUCAUUGAGAUCUAAUUUGACUCGUUCCGGAUCUACUCGUUCAAGAACUUCAUUAGGCGGUUCUGCUACUGAUUUACGGAAAAUUGAAUUAGUUCGACCCUCUGUUACUAUCCAAUCGUUCAAAAAGAGGGAUCCUUCACCCGUCUUACAGAGAAAACAAUAUGAGUUUGACAGUCCAAUUAUUCCGGCGAUGGGACGACCGACUCAAAUGUUGAGUGAUAGGAUAAAGCAAAGUGUCGGAGCCGGAGAAACCGCUUUUGACCGCGUGAAACGUUACGGGAGCAUGCGAGGACAAGAACUUCGUGAUAGCAUUUCGACUAUUGCUAAAAGCUAUGGAAUACAAGAUCCUCUAAGAGGGUCGCAGCAAUCAUUAAAUGAACAUGCUACACCUACAAAAAAAAUAGACAAGUUGCAGUGGGAGAGAGAUGUAGAGGAUCAAGAAGGGUGUCAGAGAAAACAAGAAGACAUUACAUCUAGAUUAGCUGAUAUAACACAGCAGGCUGAUGCUAUUCAAAACAAAAUUAGAGAAACAGAGAAAGGAAGUUUAGAAGAAGAAAUGUUAUUGGAAACAUAUCUUCGACUAACUGAGGAGAAAAAUUCUUUAGUCGGUCAACAGGAGUACUUUAAUAUUAUAGAAAACAUUAGGCAAGUAACAAAAGAUAUUGAGAAACUGAAUAGUGAACUAGUGGAAAUUACAAAAAAUACUGCUGACGACGAAGAUUAUUACAAGCCUAUUGACGAGAAGGAAAGAACAGAUCGUGUUAUGAAGUCCUAUUUAGAAGCCAUAGAUAGGAAAGAAGACCUCAUGAAGAUGCUUUUCGCAACAGAAGUCCAAUUAAGAGAAGAUGAGGAACGCUAUAACUCUUUAACACUUGAGCGUGUUAGUAAUUUUAUCCGUGGAUCUGAAGGUCCAUUAACUGCAAGUAAACGAAUUAUGACUUGGCUCAGGGGAUAG